AUGGCUGCAGAGGAAGGGACGACUGCAGUGAAUGAGUCAAUCAAGGAGGCGGUGCUGGCAGCAGUAAGAGAGGAGCUGGCUGCACACAAGGAGGUGGAUGAGUUGCGGCACAUGCUGACAGCAGUUAAGGGGGAGUUGGAAGUGGUGAUGGGGGAGUUGGCAGCGGUUAAAGGGGAGUUGGCAGUGGUUAAAGGGGAGUUGGCAGUGGUUAAGGGGGAGUUGCCAGUGGUUAAAGGGGAGUUGCCAGCGGUUAAGGGGGAGUUGCCAGUGGUUAAAGAGGAGUUGGGAGUGGUUGAAGGGGAGUUGCCAGCGGUUAAGGGCGAGUUGCCAGUGGUUAAAGAGGAGUUGGGAGUGGUUGAAGGGGAGUUGGCAGCGGUUAAAGGGGAGUUGGCAGUGGGGGAGUUGCCAGUGGUUAAAGAGGAGUUGGGAGUGGUUGAAGGGGAGUUGCCAGCGGUUAAGGGCGAGUUGCCAGUGGUUAAAGAGGAGUUGGGAGUGGUUGAAGGGGAGUUGGCAGUGGUUAAGGGGGAGUUGGCGGAACACAAGGAGGCUAUGGCAGAGCAAUUGGCUGAGAGUUGUGGGGCAUCAGAUGCGAGACGCCUGAAGCGGAAGAGUAGAAAGAGGAGGCAAGAAAUGACAGCAGAGUUUGCGUGGGCGGAAGGUGACGUGCAGGUGGGAUCCGUACCUGGCAUGGGAGGCAUGGCCGGGCCUGGAGGUAUGGGAGGGUGGGGGCCUGGUAUGGGUCCUGUAGGUAUGGGAGGGUGGGGGCCUGGUAUGGGUCCUGGAGGUAUGGGAGGGUCGGGGCCUGGUAUGGGUCCUGGAGAUAUGGGUGCAGGCAUGGGUUCUGGCAUGGAUGGGGAGGCGCGGGAAGGGGGAGGCGGAGGCGGAGGGGGGUGGGGAAUGGGGGGUAUGGUGCGGAUGGGGGGCAUGGGGAACAUGGGGAACAUGGGGGGCAUGGGGAACAUGGGGAACAUGGGGAAGAUGGGCAUGGGACAGAGUAUGGGCGGGGGCAUGGGGAUGGGAAUGGGUGGAGCGGGCGGAAUGGGGAUGAACAUGGGAUAUGGCCCUGGUACAUGGGGAAUGGACGGGCUUGGCGGAUGGGCAGGCGGAGGAGGAGGAAGAGGGGGAAUGUCUGAGGGCAUGGGCGGAGGGGGACUGGGAGGCGGAGGGGGAGGUGGGCGCGGAAUUGGGGCCGGUGUAGGGGGAGGCGCAGGGGCAGGAUCAGGGGGGAGCGGAGAAGGCGCUGGGAUGGGCGGAGGAGGACCCCAGUCAGGCCCAGCGAAUGGCCCUGGUCGACUGCGCAUGUUCUACCGCACAAAGAUGUGCGUCAAGUUCCAGAAAGGCGUGUGCCCGUACGUGAGCAACUGCAGGUUCGCCCACUCGCAGGAGGAGCUGCGCGCGCCGAGCUGGGCCCAACUGGGGGAGCAGGAGUUGAUUGGCAAUGUGCCUGUGCCAUGA